GCUUAAAAGUGAAAAAAUUAAAAGUGUAUGGAAAAACUGAAGAAAAAGUGUAUUUGUAGUAAGAGCAAAAAAACACUCAGCCUUUGGAUGCGAACAUAAUUAACCAAAAUUUAUUACAAAAAUUUGCUUUAUAAAGCAUUCAAAGAGUGCUGUAUUGACCUUUAAAGUGUAAAAGAAAAUUAAAAAAAUUUUUUCAUUGAAUUUUUUAACACAAAAACCGAUCAAUGUUAGCGAGUGAAGCGUAAACCGAAACUUCGAACCAUAAAUACCUUAAGCCCCGAAAAUAAACUACAAAGGCUUACCCUCCCCAGCUGGAAGGAACAGCACUUGAGCCAACAAUAAACAAAAAUAAACGCAAACCCUUAAGAAAUUGACUAAACCAAACGACGUCUCCACACAACAAAUCACAAUAAUAGCAAAAGAAUAGCUAUUAAUUGCAAGCUUAACUAACGGUUAAGCGCAACUAAGCAACGAUUUAUUCAACGCAUUAGUCAAACUCCCCUCUCUACGUAGUCCACUGCAACAACUACUAACCAAUAUGAAACUCCUACCACUACUCCUCAUUCCACUCACCCUACUCUGCCCACCCUGUCGCGCCAUACCCAAUGAUGUUUAUAUGAAAAUGUUAGCCGCCCAAGCGCCAACCGAUCCUUGCUACGAUGACGAUAAGGCGCGCAAGUGUAUACCCGAUUUUGUGAAUGCCGCUUUCGGUGCGCCCGUACAGGCCUCAAGCACUUGUGGUCUCGAGCAGCCGCAACGUUACUGCGAGCUAAGCGGUUUGGGUGGUGGUGGUGGCGGUGUUACGCAAAGCGAACCGCACGAUAUGACUUGUCACAUUUGCGAUUACUCGAAUCCAGCACGUCGUUUUCCCGAAUCAGCACUCACAGAUUUGAAUAAUUCGAAUAAUGUUACCUGCUGGCGUUCGUCGCCUGUGCCACCGGUUACGAGCAUGAAUGCACCACCGGAUAAUGUCUCGCUAACACUCUCGCUGGGUAAGAAGUAUGAGUUGACGUAUGUCAGUUUGCAAUUGUGUCCGAAAUCGCUAAAACCCGAUUCGAUUGCGAUCUAUAAGAGUUCGGAUUAUGGCAAAACUUGGCAACCCUUCCAAUUCUAUAGUUCACAAUGUCGUCGCGUCUAUGGACGUCCCAAUCGUGCAACGAUCACUAAACAUAACGAACAUGAAGCACGCUGCACCGACUCACAUCGUCAGGUGGGUGAUGUAACCGGUUUACAGGGUUCGCGCAUUGCAUUUAGCACACUCGAAGGUCGUCCCUCGGCACGUGACUUGGACUCGUCGCAAGUGUUGCAGGAUUGGGUUACCGCUACGGAUAUAAAGGUGGUCUUUCAUCGCCUACAAAUGCCCGAACCGAAUGCUUUGAAUGUUUUGGAGACCAGUGGCGCUGAUAUCAAGCCCAAUGGCAAGUACAGCGAGUCCGCUAGCAAUUCAGUGUUGAUACAACAAUAUGGAAUGAAUGCAAUUGAACAGGCGGCGGAUGGUGUUGGCGUACCAGCGUCGGCUGUGCAAAUCUCGAGUGGUGCUUCGGUACUCGGCGGUGCAGCCAGUUUGGGUCAACAUUAUGCUGUCUCCGAUUUCCUCGUCGGUGGACGCUGCAAGUGUAAUGGACAUGCAUCGAAGUGCUCACCGGAUCAUAACGGUGUGCUCGCGUGCGAAUGCAAACACAACACGAUGGGUCGCGACUGUGAACGCUGUAAGCCUUUCCACUUCGAUCGGCCGUGGGGUCGUGCAACGGCACGUGACGCUAACGAAUGCAAAAUCUGCAAUUGCAACAAUCAUGCUCGCCAAUGCCGCUUUAAUAUGGAACUUUUUAAACUAUCCGGACGCAUCUCCGGUGGCGUUUGCCAAAAUUGUCGACACUACACUACUGGCCGACAUUGCCACUACUGUAAGGAGGGCUACUAUCGUGAUCCAUCGAAACCGUUAAAUCAUCGGCGCGUAUGCAAACCCUGUGAAUGUCAUCCCAUUGGCUCAUCGGGCAAAACUUGCAACAACACCUCCGGCCAGUGCCCUUGUAAGGAUGGUGUGACUGGUCUCACCUGUAAUCGUUGCGCGCGUGGCUAUCAACAGAGUCGUUCACACAUUGCGCCAUGCAUCAAGAUUCCUGCACGCAAAGCGAAUAUGUUGGAUACACAGAAUACUGCACCCGAACCGGAUCCACAUGAUACCAAUGCACCUUAUCGCACAGAAGGUGGGAGGGAAUGCGAAAGAUGCAAAAUAAGCACAAAAAGGUUAAACCUCAACAAAUUCUGCAAAAGAGAUUACGCAAUAAUGGCGAAAGUGAUUGGCCGCGAAGCGAGUACCGAAGUAACGAGCAGCAGCGAACAGUACACCAAAGAAAAUCAACAAACGGAUCCCGACGACGAAAUGGAAACAAUGGAGGCCAACACACCCGAAACGGUCAAAUACGAUAUACAAAUACAGGCGAUCUUCAAGCGUACACCGCUCGAGUACGCAACAACGAAUACAAUCCUAAAACGGGGACCUUUGACUUGGAUCAUACCGAUUAAGAAUCUAGAAUGUCGUUGUCCCAGAAUCAAAAUGAAUCGCUCCUAUCUGAUACUGGGCAAAGAUUCGGAAUCGCCACCGGGCUAUCUUGGCAUCGGUCCGCGUUCCAUUGUGAUCGAAUGGAAGGAUGAAUGGUAUAGACGUAUGAAACGCUUUCAGCGACGUGCGCGAACGUGUCAGUAAAUUGAAAAAUAUCAUAAAAAUCAAAUUAAAUCAUAUUUUAAAUGUAUUUGUAUUUAUAAUAAUUAUUAAACAAAUAAAACUUAAUAAUAUUGAUAAUGAUAAUUUGAACUAGUUCUUAAGGCAUAAAACCACUUAAAUGCACGCAAAAUCGAAUAAACUGAUUAACACAAGGACACGUGCACACAACAUACAUACAUACAUGCCUAUGUACAUUUAUGUUAUGUAUGUGUGCUUUAUAUUUGCAAUAAAUAUAUUUAUAUACGUAAUCGUUUGCAUCUGAAUAAGCGUAAUAAUUUUUUUCCUUGCUUAAGAAAAUAAAUAUAAAAUAAAUUUUCUCAAUUUUUUAUUUAAUCUUAUUUUUUACAAUUUUUUAUAAGUUUUUAUAAUUUUUGUAAAAAUGUAAGUUCAGCAGUGGCAAUAAUAUGUGCUAUUUUUAUACAUUAAAGUUUUCAUAAAUAUUUAUUUAAUAUGUUUUUAUUGUAAAUUAUUAUUUUUUA